CAUGACACCAACACUGACACAGUGCAAAGUAUAUGUACACACACCAAUUCACCAACAAAACAGCAACACCCUUUUCCUUUGCCUUUGAGUUUGAUUUCACACUUGGUUUCCUGAUUUUCCCCCAAUUAAAGCCACUACCUUUCCUCUCACAGUUCCAAUAAUCAAUCAAUUUUCAUUGUUAGGGUUUUUCUUUGGAAUGUGGAGGAGGGAUUCCAAUGGGGUCAUCCAACUCAAGUCACCCACAAUUCACCCCUAUUCCUCAUCAUGAUCACGAUCCUCAACCCUCAGAUCUCAAUCACCUUGCUCAGGUUCAUGAUGAUGCACUUGCUGGGGACCUACACAACAAGUUGGAUUUCAAAGAUGGGGAUGAUGAAACUCAGAAUAAAGGUUCAAACUUUGAACCUGGACAUGGACAAUUGUAUGAUGAAGCUGCUGUCCCAGAACCUGUAAAGGAACAAAGGUCUGAUGAUGGUGCUGAUAGCAAUGAACAGUUGCAUGAUGAAGCUGCUGUCCCAGAACCUGAUAAGGAGCAAAAGUGUGAUGCUGACGAUGAACAGCUGAAUUAUGAAGCUGCUGUUCCAGAACCAGGAAAGGAACAAAGGUGUGAUGAUGAUGAUGGUCUUGGUAAUCAACAGUUGAAUGAUGAAGCUGCUGUUCAAGAACCUUGUAAGGAGCAAAAGUGUGAUGAUGUCCAUGAUGGUGAUGAACAGUUGUAUGAUGAAGCUGCUGUCCCAGAACCUUGUAAGGAGCAAAAGUGUGAUGAUGUCCAUGAUGGUAAUGAACAGUUGUAUGAUGGAGCUGCUGUCCCAGAACCUGCCAAGGAACAAAGGUGUGAUGAUGAAGCUGAUGUCCCAGACCUUGGUAAGGAGCAAAAGUGUGAUGAUGUCCAUAAUGGUAAUGAACAGUUGUAUGAUGGAGCUUCUGUCCCAGAACCUGGAAAGGUACAAAGGUGUGAUGAAGAACCUGGAGAGGAACAAAGGUGUGAUGAUGGUGAUGCUAAUGUAAAAUUGUAUGAUGAAGCUGCCAUCCCAGAACCGGGUAAGGAACAAAGCUGUGAUGAUGAUGGUGCUAAUCAACAAUUGUAUGAUGAAGCUGCUGUCGCAGAAUCUGGUAAGGAACAAAGGUGCGAUGAUGAUGGUGCUAAUCAACAAUUGUAUGAUGAAGCUGCUGUCCCAGAUCCUGGUAUGGACCAAUGGUAUAAUGAUUAUUAUGAUGGUUGGAAUGGUGGUGAUGAGGGCUAUAAUUGGAUUGAGAAUGCGAGUGAGAGUUGGAAUAAUAUGGGGGAUGGAGAUGUUGUUUAUGGAGUGGAGGGUAGUGAAGUGGAGAACAAUGAUGAAAGAAGCAGUGGUAGAGCUCAACAGUACCCGUUGAGGCCUGAUGCUGAAGACUGUGCAUUUUAUCUUAGGACUGGGACGUGCAAAUUUGGAUUCAAUUGCAGGUUUAAUCACCCGGUUAGGCGCAAAAGCAAGGCUGUUAAAGAGGUGGGAGAAAGAGAUGACACUGAGGAAAGAUCAGGACAGACAGAAUGCAAGUAUUAUCUAAGAUCUGGGGGUUGUAAGUUUGGAAAAGCGUGUAAAUUCAACCACACUCGAGAAGAGAAUUCAUCAGCCCCAGAUAUAGAGCUUAACUUCCUAGGGCUGCCUAUUCGCUUGGGAGAAAAAGAGUGCCUCUAUUACAUGCGCACUGGCUCUUGCAAGUUUGGAGCAAACUGCAAGUUCAAUCAUCCUGAUCCUACAGCUGUUGGAGGAUGUGAUACCCCUUCAGGGUAUAGCACUAAUGGAAGCUCUAUUUCAUUACAAGGUGUAUCACAAUCAUCUAUACCCUCCUGGUCUUCUACUAGGACAUUAAAGGAAACUUCUCUUGUGCCAAUUAUACUUUCACAAAAUUCUGGGGUUUCUCACCAAAGUUCUGAAUGGAGUGGAUAUCAGGCACCUGGGUAUUUAUCUGAGAGGAGUAUGCAUCCUCCUUCAACAUAUGUCAUGAACAACCCAGCUAGUGAAACAACUAUUUAUAUGCAUCAUCAAAAGAAGAUGCCGGCUUAUGACUUUCCGGAAAGGCCUGGUGAACCCGGAUGCAGCUUCUUCUUAAAAACUGGAGAUUGCAAGUUCAAAUCUAAUUGUAAAUUUCACCACCCAAAGAAUAGGAUUACAAGAGUACCUCCAUGCAGCCUCAGUGACAAGGGUCUGCCUCUAAGACCAGACCAGAAUGUGUGCUCACAAUACAGCAGAUAUGGAAUUUGCAAAUUUGGACCAGCUUGCAGGUUUGACCAUCCAAGAAACCCACCACCGUCAACUAUGCCUGUACUUGAUCAACAGUCAUCCUUCAGUGGAAGUGGUGGUGCCAGUGAUGUGAUAAUUCAGCAGCAUAUGUAAACAUUUUCUGUCAAGGAUCUUCUAGCUUCAUUGGUCAUGCAUAUCACCCAUGAUUUCUAAUUUCCUUCUGAAACAUGAUAAACUUUUUUAACUUUACUGGUUAUGCUAAAUGCGGCAUAAACUGCCAAAUAGAAGUUUAACAUUAGCUUCUGUAUAUUAUCUUUAACUUAUGGAUCAGUAUUGGACUGUAGUGGACCUGGGUCAAAUGAUUGUGAAUGUGGAUUUUCUUAUUUUUUUAA